GUUCAUUUGGCAUUACAGCAAAUUCGGCAAUUGCAGUGAAAGGCAAUGAAGAACAUUUUGAUUUCAGUUUUCGUGAUCUUUGUAGCGGCCAUCACUUUGAUUUUGGCAAUGCCUCAACAUGGCUCAAUAAACGGACCCAGUGGGCGCUUUGCCAUGACUCAAAACUGGGCAUCACCUCCCGUCGAUUUGUCCCAGCCAAUAGUAUUUUUGCGUGAGGCUACACCCAUACAUGAGGAGAACCAGGAGACCGGCCGGAACACGAAGGCAUAGACCAAAAACUAGGAGAUUAAGCCAUUUUAAUUAGAUAGUUAAACAACCCAAACAAAAAACUGGUUGCUCGAUCCUAAUGAAUA